AUGACCAAACGAGUGAAAAGAGCUGAAGUAAGCCUUCGUGAAGAUGAAAAACAGAAAGACGCAGAAGCGAAAAGAGUAAAGAGAGCUGACGCCAGCGUCCGUGUAAAAAAGAGAUUGAAAGAUGCGUCAGCCAAAAAAAUAAAGAGGACAGAUGUCAGCCUCCGAAAAGAAGAAAAAGUGAAAGAUGCGGAAGCCAAGCGAGUGAAGAGAGCUGAUGUCAGCAUCCGUAAAGAAGAAAAAGAGAAAGAUGCGGAAGCCAAGCGAGUGAAGAGAGCUGAUGUCAGCAUCCGUAAAGAAGAAAAAGUGAAAGAUGCGGAAGCCAAGCGAGGGAAGAGAGCUGAUGCCAGCGUCCGCGAAAAAAUGAGAGUGCAAGAUGCGUCAGCCAAAAAAGUAAAGAGAACUAAUGUCAGCAUCCGUAAAGAAGAAAAAGUGAAAGAUGCGGAAGCCAAGCGAGUGAAGAGAGCUGAUGUCAGCAUCCGUAAAGAAGAAAAAGAGAAAGAUGCGGAAGCCAAGCGAGUGAAGAGAGCUGAUGUCAGCAUCCGUAAAGAAGAAAAAGUGAAAGAUGCGGAAGCCAAGCGAGUGAAGAGAGCUGAUAUCAGCAUCCGUAAAGAAGAAAAAGUGAAAGAUGUGGAAGCGAAGCGAGUGAAGAGAGCUGAUGUCAGCAUCCGUAAAGAAGAAAAAGUGAAAGAUGCGGAAGCCAAGCGAAAGAAGAGAACUGAUGUCAGCGUCCGUGAAAAAAAGAGAAAGCAAGAUGCGAGAGACAAAAAAGUAAAGAGGACAAAUGUCAGCUUUCGUAAAGAAGAAAAAGUGAAGGAUGCGGUAGCUAAACGGGAAAAGAGAGCUAAUAUCAGCGACCGUGUAAAAAAGAGAUUCAUAGAUGCAACAGGCCAGAAAGUAAUGAGGGUAAAUGAAGGAGCUUCUACCUCUAAGAAAACACCUGAUGCACAGAACGAUGAACCGAGUGAAACCAUUAAUCUUGACCAUGAAGACAAGCAAGCUGAUAUAGCUGCAGAAAAUUCAAAUUUGAAUGACGUUUGGGACGAAGAAUUCACUGAUGAUGAUGCUAUCAAUGAAGAAUUGUUCAAUCAGGUUUACCACGAAACACUUUUGGAGCCCGUAGAAGGCAUUAAAUUUGCACCAGGUGAAGGCUCCUCAUAG